AAAAAGACCAUGGUCCAAAGUUUCCCCUCGUAGGAGGAUAGCAGCACGUGGUCUCAAUCUUGAAGGAUUUCUAACUGCGAAUCUUACUUCAAUCGACACAUACUCAAUUGGGGUUACUGCGAUUUGA